GCGGCGACGAGCGACGAAGUAGAUGGCGGGGAGGACGAAGGAGAGGCCGAUCACGCGGCCCCAGAGGCGGUGCGUCCACUCCAUAAAAUAGAUGUAUUUGAACUCAUCAAGUGUCAUGGUGGGGUUGAGCAGCUUGAAUUCGGGGGAGGCGCGGUACUUGUUGAACUCGGAGUCCCAGUCUGCGGCAGAGAGGGGAGGGAGCGUGCCAGUUACUGGGCGCCAUUCUGUAAUACUCAGUCUGGACGUUAGUAGGUUAGCUUGGGCACAUUCCUAGAGAGUGUGAGAUGCGUACCCUGAUUCAGUGAGACGUGUCAGCCCGCCAAAGACAACGAUUCCGAACACACUGGCGGCGCUGCCGAGGAGCCAGAAAGCGACGCCGCGGGAGCUGGUAUCGGGGAAGAAGGAUUUCUUCGCCGUUUCCUUCUGGGAAUUCGCAAUUGUCUGGCUCAGAGAAGAUAGGGGCGUGGCCUGGGCUCCUGGCACCGUAGCAGCUGUGCGCAGCGGCGCAGAGCUGCUAUAAAAACGCGUGGGCUGGAAGACCGACAGCCCUUUGUUGGUCCGGAGCUUCGACCCUUGGAUGGAGGCGGAUUUGGGGCAUUGGCGGCAGGUGAAGAGGUCUUUCCCUAACUUGGGCAGAGCCCGCCGUAGCGGGGGUAGUAGUGAAGCCAUUGGCGUCGCUGAUAUCCCAUGCGAGGUAGUUUUUCUGGCUUGAUCGAAGGGAAGGAGGCGGUUGACACUUUUCAAAGAUAGGUCCAUUAAGGUUUCCGCGGCGCUUGUACCCAGCUACGCCGAACCACUUACAAGGGCUCAGGGGACUACUACAAUGGGAAAUUUAAGUGACGACGAUCAGGAACUUCAACUUCAAUUGUGCCUAUUUGCUAUGACCCUGUAAUAAUACAUAAUUUCACAUGCCCACCUUCUCGGCGCACAAUACAAUCAGUUCAACACUCUUUCGACCUGCGAUUCAGUACCUCUUACCAGAGGGAACCCGAUCCUGGACUACACCCAGAACAGACAUCGAGAGAGGGCGUCGGAGCUCUGACGAAACCGACAGGAUGGCGCAUUAUAAGCAGCCAGAGCUGGUUCUCAGCUCGUUGCCUUUAAUAAACAUAUCGAGGACGCCAUCUCCACAUAUAUCCACAGGCUGGACAUCAGAUUCGGGAGAAGACGACCUGGGUGACCUGUCUGGUGGGGGAGGCUUCUUGUCGCAACGUCAGCGACCGACCGGCUGGAAGGGCUUCUUGACACAGGGUGGAUUAGGCAUAUAUUUAUUUGCUACAACGAGGGGAUGGAGCGUUUAUGUGGGCUUGAUGUGUUUAUGGCUAAUGGGGACGGCCAUAGGGCUCCUGGUGAUCAACUGGCUGGUCCUGCUCACCGGUGUCUACAAAUUCCCGUAUCCGCUUACAACUACAUUUAUCGAACUCGUCGGCUGCCACUUCUUCCUCUGGGCCUUCGCUGGCUUCACCAGGCUCUUCAGCCGCUACCUCAGCAACGCUGGCCUGGCCGCACUCGUUGCGCCCUCCUACGCCGUCACCAAGCCCCCUCCGACAACCUACACGCAGCGCACACCCCGACGCUUCCCCCGCUUCAUCAGCAAAAUCUUCUCCAAAGCCGGCUCCGGCAUUGCCGGCGGCGGCCCCUUCGAAUUCGACCGGGCCGUGGCACGCAAAACCAUACUCCUCGCAAUCGUCUACGUCCUAAAGAUCCACUUCAGCACCAUCUCCUACGCCCACUCCGAACUGCCCAUGUACGUCCUCACGCGCAUCGGCAUAGUCCCCCUCACCGCACUCGCCGACUCCCUCUUAAAAGGAACCCGACACUCGAUCCCCCUCCUCUCUGCCACCCUCUCCGCAACCCUCAACCUACUCGUCGGCUCCUGCCGCUCCAACAUCCGCGUAACCUGGGACAGCGUCCUCGCCGGCGUCAUCUCCUCCUUUUGCGCCGCUCUCUUCCCCAUCCUCCUCUACUCAACCUACCAGAACCUCUCUGCGCCGUCGCCCGAGCGCGCCCGCGACCCUACGAGCUCUCGCACCACGUACACGCUCUUGCACCACGUCUCACUACUCUCCAUCAUGGUCUCCCUCCCAUUCGUCCUGAUCUCGGGCGAGCUGCCGAAUAUCGCGCGCAACAUCUACUUUCUCGACCGGCCGUGGCACUGGUUCAUGAUGCUGUGCGGCUCGCUGGGCACGUUUUGCGUCUUCACUGCUACGGUGCUGCUCGUGCUGGCGACGAGUCCGUUGACGGCGAAUUUCUUGACUAUCCCGGCGUAUGCGUUCCUUAUCCCGGUGCUGGCGAAGUUUAGGAUGCCGAUGUAUAGCUGGGUGGGCAUCGCGCUGGCGUUUGCGAGUUCGGGGUGGUUUGUGUGUGUGAGGCGGCGGGAGAGUAGGAAGGUGAGAGCGUGAUUGCUCUGAGAAGACUUGGGGAUGUGUGAAUAGGUGGAACGGGAUAUUAAUAAUACAUAAUGAGCAUAAUGCGGCGUUUAUUGAUGCCAAUGAAGCUGCGUAGACAAAUUUAUAUCGUUUACUACCAUAAUGGCCCGGCAUCGA